AUGAGCACACGAUGGUUAGAGGAGGAGUAUCCCAAGGGCAAAAGAGAACAUAUCGUCAAAUUGGAAAUUAGUGACAAGAAAUUAAAUGGUGCCUUAAAAUUGGAUGGUUUUAUUAAGUUGGAAGAAUUACAUUGUUCCAAUAAUGAGUUAACUAGUUUAGACGUGAGCAAUUGCUCAAAGCUUACCUACCUCGAUGUUAAUUACAAUCAAAUACGUGAUUUAAGCCUUCCUAAAAAUGAAGUAGGGUUAAAAUAUUUAAACUUGCUCAACAAUAACUUACCUGAACAGGAUUUAAAUCUCUUUGGCAAAUUUAUUAAUUUAAAAGAGUUGCAUAUAGGCACCAUUGGAGAUGAUAGUGAGGUUUACAAUCAUUUUCAUGGUAGCUUGGAACCUUUGAAAUUUUUAACGAAAUUGGAAAUGUUAAGCAUCAAUAAUACUGAUAUUGACUCUGGUUUGGAAUAUUUACCGACUAGUGUUAAAAAUUUACGAUGUUUAGCUGACAGACCGAAUGCAAAAGUUAAAAUUAUAAAUAUGCAACUUGAGAAGUUUGCUAUUGAUAAGGUGGAUGCUUUUCAGGGUAGAUACAAUUUGAAAGCGUGGAGAGAUUACCAGAGGAUAGAAAUAGAAAAGGAAAUCCUUCAAGAGCAAUUGGAUAAUUUAAUUAAGGAGCUAACAUCAAAUCAAGAAGAACACCUAUAUAUUCAACAAAUAGAAUUGGAAGCUAAGCAAGAAGAGUUGAAAGCAAAAAAAUUUCAGUUAGAUCGAGAAGUUACAAUACUUAAACAGCAAGUCGACGCUUUAAAAGCUGACAUAAAGCAGAAAGAAAACGAGUUAAAAAAUUUAACUGCGCAGAAAUUAACAGAAAAGUUGCAGAAAGAAGAAAAUGAUAGAAAAAGAAACCUAGAUCUAAUAAGAGAAGCCAAGGUAGAAUUGGAGAACAAAUUGGGAGUAGUCGAUAAAGAAUUGAGAAAUAAAAACGAUGUCAUCGUAGAUUUGGAAAACCAAAGAUUACAAAUCAUCUCCGAAAUAGACAGUAUUAAAAUUGAGAAAGAAAAUUUAAAGCGUCUCAAUGAAGGGUUAAAAAUUUGUGGAGGAAAGUUCAGCGUGGAUUUAGGAAAUCAUUUGAAGAAAUUGAAAGAAGGAUUAAGUUCAAAGGGAUUACAAAAGAAAGUAAAGCAAAAAAAUGAUGAACUUGAAAAGGUCAGAAAAAAUGGGAGAAAUCUCCAAAAGGAAAAAGAUUCUUUGAUAAUUACAAUAAACAAACUUCAAAAGGAAUUAUCAAGCGCUGACAAAACCCUUGGUAAUGAAAGUCCUCGGGAAAAAGAACUAGAAGAGAAAUUAGGAGAAAUAAUUCGUUCAGUUCCUCAAAUAGUAACUAAAAAAAUUGAAUUAAAAGAAUCAAUUAAUAUUAUUAGGGAAGAUCUUAGUAAAAAAAGGAAGCCUUUGUUAGAGGAACUUUUAAAAGAAGUUAAUGGUGGUUCCACUUCUGAAAAACUGGAAAGUAUCAAAAAAGACCUGUGUACAGAAUUACCUGAAAAUGUUAUCCAAGAUCUUCUAAAUAAGCAAGUGGAAGUCAAUCGGUUAUGGUAUCAUUGGAAACCCAAGGAAUAA